UGCAGGGUAGUGUUUGCAGGCGCCAUGACAGAUAGCUUCAUACGCUACCCCAGAAAGCUUCUGCCUCUAUCUGACUCUUGUUUCAUAGUGGUCCAUAUGGUUUUCAAAUUAAUAUCCGCAGCCCACGUCAAACAGCGGAAAUGACAUCGCACAAUACCACCGGAAUUCGUUGCAGAAAUGUGCUUUCAUGCUAUAACAGAUCGGUCUGAUAGGCCAGCACAAUCAUGUCGCUAGAUCAUUCUCUACCAGUGCAAGGCCACCUGUUUGAUAUUCCCACUGACUUUCACAAUGAUCCCACUGUGUACGCAAGCCCUGAGCGCACCAUCUGUCUGUGGGACGUCGGCGGGGGCAUACCAUGCGGCACGUGCAUCAGCGUCUUGGAUCUUUCAAAACACGUACGCAUGCAUGGAGUGAAAGGGCCUGGGGAUUUGGAGAUACAGUGUACAUGGGAUGGCUGCGCAAGAUCCCCCAUGAAACGGGAGAGCAUCGUUCGGCACAUCGAGGAAGUGCAUGUACAAGUCAAAUACCGGUGCAGCCAGUGUUGGGCUUCUUUCUCUCGCAAACAUACGCUUAGAUCCCAUAUCUUCAAGGCUCAUUCGCACGUAUCGUAGUACAUUUUCCUGGUUCUUUGCACAUUCAUUUCUGUGAAUAUCUCCUACACCUUAGUUGUUGUCUCUGUAUAUUCUACCAUUCCUAGUAAUCCGUAAUAUAUUAUAUUUGGAUUUGUAGAAUCGUACCCAUCUA